AUGAUCAACAAUUUUAAGCUGGAAAAUGAUGACUGGUUUAACAGAUUGUAUGGUCUUAAAGAAAAAUGGUGUACAACUUUAAGUAAAGAUUUUUUUUCUGCCGGUAUACUUUCUUCACAAAGAAGUGAAAGUACAAACCAUGCUGUUAGAUUUAAAUCAAAUAAAAGUACAACAUUAACAGAGUUCUAUAGUAUUUUUCAAGCUACAAUAAAUCGAUGGAGAAAAACAGAAGAAAAAGACGACUUUGACUGUACAAGAGGAAUACCUACUUCAGAGCUAAGUAUGAGUGCUAUAUUAAAACAGGCAGCAAAUGUAUACACGAUAACACUUUUCCGUGAUUUUGAAGAAGAGUUUAAGCUUUCUGUGGCAAGUAGUGCAAAGUUCAAAGGAAAUGUUGGAAGAACAGUGUAUUUUGAGGAUCAAGGCAAGAAGUUGAAUUCAAAAUGGAAGAUUCAACCGUCACUUGCACAUGCAAAAACUUUGAAGAAUCUGGAUGAAGAAAGGAAGGCAAAAGAAGAAGCUGCAAAGAUAGCAGAACAAGAAAAGGCAAAAGCUGAAGCACAACGAGAAACACAAGACUGGGAAUCAGCUAAUUCUGAAAUAACAAUUAUGCUUGAUCCUGAUCGCGCUAAUACUAAAGGAAAGAGUAAGAAGAGAAUAAAGGGUCAAUAUGACAAUUACAAGCAGCCAUCAAAGAAAGGAAAAAAGAAACACAAAGAAUUUGGAUCCAAGACACCAAAUAUUCAAUUAUUUACACCUAAAGAACUACUAUUUUAG